GAGUUGCAGAUUCUGGGGCCUCUCUCUCUUCACGAGAGAGAAUUAAAGAGAAAACUUAAUUCUUUUUUUUAUUUAUUUACAAAAUAUUAGGUAUAGAUUAAUAGUAAAAUUAGAAAUUCAACCAUAAUUAUUUAUUAAUUAUUUAAUAUAUAUUUUUUAAUUUAUAAAUCUGCAUGAUCGGAACGAAAAAAGAGGAAUUUUUGAUCGGAGAAAUCUGAAGGAGGAUUUUUUUUCCGGCACAACAUGUCUGCUAUAGUGUGCGGGAAGAGAUCGAAUUUGUUUGAGGAUUUUCAGUCGUCGUUAUCAUCGCCAUCUCCGCCGUCGCCCGUUUCGAAGAGGAUUCGCCGUACUUUUUCUCCGGCGAGGUCUAGUUCUGAUCCCGAUCGUGUUUUAUCUGGUAAUUCGAUUGCAUCGUCGGCACUCGAUCAUCUUCUCAUGGUCUUCUCUGACAUGGAUAAGCAGUUGGUUGAGAGAGCGCUUAGAGAAUCCGGUGAUGAUCUAGAUUCUGCUAUCAAAUGCCUAAAUGAGCUCCGCUUGGGAUCUGGUGAUAAUCUGAGGCCUGUGGCAGGAAGCUCUGGUGCUACACAUGAGUCCAGCAGCCAUUUUUUUACUCAAGGUGCGGCUACAACUAACGGUGAUACCACAUCUGCAGAGGAUUUAUCUGCUGCCAAAGUGGUGCAUUUGGGGGGUACAGAAUGGGUAGAUCUUUUUGUUGGAGAGAUGAUGAGUGCGUCAAAUAUAGAUGAUGCUAAAGCCCGUGCUUCACGAGCUCUUGAGGCGUUUGAGAAGGCCAUAUGUGCUCGUGCAACAGAGGCGGCCUGCGGUUUCCAGCAGGAGAAUAUGAUGCUCAAGCAGCAGUUUGAAGCUCUUACACAAGAGAAUGCUAUUUUAAAGCGAGUUGUUGCCAUCCAGCAUGAACGUCAGAAGGAAUUUGAGGAUAAAGGGAACGAGUUGAAUCAGCUGAAGCAGUCGGUGGCUCAGUACCAGGAGCAGCUUAGAACCCUUGAGGUCAACAACUAUGCUCUCUCGAUGCACCUAAAGCAGGCUCAACAAAGCAACAACUCUAUUCCAGGGCGUUUCAACCCUGAUGUCUUUUAGUAUGUAUCAUGUCCCUAUUGGCUGCGUACUUAUAUAGGAUAGCAACAGUAAUGUCCUGUUGUCACAGUAGUAGCAAGUGUUUACUAGAGAUGAAUGCUGAUAUUAAGCUAGAACUUCUGUCUUUUGAUUUAAUUGCCCUGCUGCAGUUAUUAGCCAAAGGGUACUUUGUACUGUUCAUACAAGUUUUUAUUUGCUUUUCUGCUGUUGUUUCAAUUAGAAUAUCGAAGUUCAUACAUUCUGUUCUUCUACUGUUAAGAAGAUGUUCUACACAUGA